GUCAUGCGGAAGUAAUCUAGCCAAUAUGGCUGCGUCCUUGACCGGCAUGUUUUGGUUUCAGCGAAGUGAUAAACAUGCGCUGUAGUUGUAAAUUUACGGAGAGGUUGAGUGUUAAUAGAGCCCAGUAAAGGGAAAAUGGAGAGACGACAGUUCGUCGCGUCUCUGGUGGCAGGAGGCUGUGCCGGGAUGUGUGUGGAUCUGACCCUGUUCCCAUUAGACACCAUUAAGACCAGACUGCAGAGUCAGCAGGGCUUCCACAAAGCGGGAGGCUUCAGGGGGAUCUACGCCGGGGUGCCGUCUGCCGCAGUCGGAUCCUUCCCCAAUGCCGCUGCGUUCUUUGUCACCUACGAGUGCACCAAGUCCCUCCUCGGCGCCAGCGGAGCUUUCGCAGCGCCGCGCGCGGCACCUGUCAGUCACAUGCUGGCCGCCUCCCUGGGAGAACUAGUGGCGUGUUUGAUCCGGGUGCCUACAGAAGUGGUGAAGCAGAGAACCCAGGCCUCUCCCUCAUCCACCACCUACAACAUGCUGCUGGCUACAUUCAGAGAGGAGGGUGUUCGAGGUCUUUACAGAGGAUACGGCAGUACAGUUCUCAGAGAGAUCCCAUUCUCACUGGUGCAGUUUCCGCUCUGGGAAUAUUUAAAGACGCUGUGGUGGAAGAGGCGAGGUCACACGCUCCACUCUUGGCAAUCAGCGGUGUGCGGAGCUUUUGCAGGCGCGGUGGCAGCCUUCGUCACCACCCCUCUCGACGUGGCGAAGACCAGGAUCAUGCUGGCCAAGGCUGUUUGCAGGCAGCGUCCCGAGGACGGCCUUCAUCAGCGUGGGAGGCUUCAUCUUCCUGGGAGCGUACGAAAAGGUCCGCCGCACUUUACUAUAGCGGAGCUUCAUGGCACUAACACACACACACACACACACACAGCGGCCCCUCGGUGUCGCCUGGCAGCUUGGGGAACGCUACCAGCUCAGUGCCCUGAGGAUUCGAAGCUGACUACAUUACCCAGGAUGCUGCAUUCCGGGUGGAUAACGUGGAAAAGACUCUUAGCAGCAUUUAUGAUUCUGUCCUGUAAUAUUGGAAUGGAUUUUGGAAUUAAAGACUCACUUUUAUACAUCUUGUAAUUUUUUUUUUUCCUGUCACACUCUAGACUCCGGUCCUACGACAUUUAAUGUCCGUUUGUUUAAUGUUUUAUCCAUAUUUUCUCCUCUCUAUUGAGCUCAGCCACCUGCGUAAAAGACCCACCCUGGAGACGCAGCGAUAUGUCACCGUUGUUACAUUCCAACCAGAGCAAAGCUGACCUCAUCCCACCUACGAGAGCCGUAUUUUUUCCCCCUGAGACGCCGCCAACAAUAGAGCACUUUGUUGAAUUAACAAGCCUGUGGGGUUUGAUCUGGAGGCUCAGCUGCUCCACACAAGAUUCUUCAUUACAACUCGAGGUCUUACCUGUCAUGACUUUAUUGUGCCUUUCCUCAGCUAGGUGGAAAACAUGGAAGGAUCUGAGGGAAACGGGUGGGGGGAUUUUUUUUUUUUGAAUGUGUAAAUUUUACUGGAUUUAGAUGGUGGAUGUCCUCUGAAAGUAUUAGCAUUUAGCAUCAAACUUUAGCAAGAAACCAACUACAGCUUGACUAGAUCAUGAGUUAAACCCACAAUGCAUCAGUUCAUACCUGCUGUUGUGCAUGAUGUGCGGUAAGUUGCGUUAGUAAAUGAAUAUUUGCUUGGUGAAUGGGGCACCAAAACUGGCUCUAGCGCAGCGGCUCACGUCCUUGUAGAUCCCUGCCGAUGUUCUUUAAUUUCUGCAGAUCAGAUCGUGAUGUUUUUUUUUGUUUUUUUUUUUUUAAAAGUCUGUUAGCCUACUUCAUGCUGGCCUAUUUAAGUAAUUUUUAAUUUUUUUAUUAUUAUUAUUUGUUAAUAAAACAUAUUGACCAGUCACACACAUAUGGGCCUGUCUGUGUUUUUGUUCUCAGUCAAAUUAUCUUUGCUCAUUUUACUUUGACAAUCCGAAACCGUUAAGGAGGCAAAUGCUUUCCCACAAUGCCAUAUUACUGCAUUGAUUUGGCAUUUUAGAUUCCUAAUACGCCGCUGCGAUGAGAAAUGCGUCUGGGUUCUAAGUUGGUCACAGAAGAAACUCCUGAAUAUUUUCCUACUUGCGGGCCGAGCCAGGCAUAUGGCUUUGAUUCGGUUUGCAAAGGUUUCUGAGACAUCAGCUGCUGGGAUCCGCGACUUGCAUGCACAUUUAAUUUCUGCGUUUGGUCUCCUACUACAGCAGAGCGUCUGUUUUCUACCUCGCUCCCUGCAAA